AUGGGGACUGUUUUAAUUCAGGGGGAGAAGCAAUACAAACGGCAUCGUUCGCAAUACGAAAUGCUUCGUCAACAAUAUAAACAACGAACUGAUUAUCUUCAGCGGUACGAACAUCGUCAGCAAUAUGGACAAAAUCGUCCGCAACUCGAAAAGCAUCGUCAGCAACUCGAAAAGCAUCGCCAGCAACACGAAAAGCAUUGUCAGCAACAACAAUACAAGUAUCAUCAACAACAUAACCACAAUUGGCAACCACAAAUCGAAAAGCGAUCUCAACAACGACAUGGUAACCAACAAGGAUUCCACUGUAGCCACGUACGACCAUCAACACCGAGAAGGCUGUCCGUUUGGCCAAAAACAUUUAAUAACAUUCAGUUGCAUCAUCAUGGCGAUUAA